CGCUUGUGACGCACGCUCGCACGGGUCCACGACGGGUAGAUUCUGCGGGGACCCGACGCGGUGAGUGGAGAAGCGUCAACAAGGCUUGCCAUCCUCGCCAUCAUCCUCACACCUCUUAAGAGCCCUUCCAACCACAUUUCUACACUUCAUAUCGCCGCCAUGCCAUCAUCAAAGGGAGAGCCUACCGACCCUCAACUUCGAGAGAGGAUCAAGGAGCAGAUCAAGAAAGAAGCUGGUGGCGGCUGGGCUGCGUGGUGUGGCGCAAAAUUAGCCAAGGAGUAUGAACGACAAGGAGGUGGCUACAAGAACACGCCAGACAAUCCCAACAAGCCGAAGAAGGGCACGCCCGAACCCAAGGAGGGGGAGAAUCGCGCCGCAGGCGGAGCCGCACAGACGGCCAAGAGGGAGAAGAAGGAGGCGGAGGGUAAGAAAGGAGAUGGGGAGAAGCCAGACAGCAAGCAGAAGCCCUCCUCAUCAUCCGCCCAGAAGAAGGACGCCGGCAAGAAGCGCGAAGCCAGUGCCAAGGCCGAUGGCGCCGAGGAGCCCAAGGAGAAGAAGCAAGGAGGCUGCCCCGAAGGAGAAGAAGGCAAAGGCACCUGCCAAGGAGCCCACCAAGGGCGAGAGGCAGCAGCCCAAGCGUGGCGCAAAGAAGUAAGCUCGCGAUGAGAGGCGUCAAGACUUGUUGUACUUUGUUGUCUAUACACGAACAAUCGCUCGCUCAAUUGCAAUGCAAACUAUACUCUUCGUA